AUGCCGGAGGACGAGGAGAUGGAUGCGAACAACGAGGAGGCGCUGCGCGACGACGACGGCGAAGUUGACGAGGCGGCGGUGCGGCAGCUGCUACUGAGGAUCGGCGUCGACACGGAUGAGGCGCUGGCGAAGAUAUGGGAACAGAAGGAUGAGGCGCUGCGCAACAAGUGGCGCGCCAUCGCGGCAGCCAGACGGCGCGCAGAGGAGGAGGAGGAGGAAGGUGAGAGCGCCGCGCAGGACGACGACGAGGAGACGGCCGAGGAAGAGGAAGAGGAAGAGGAGGAGUGA